AUGAAGGAAGCACAGAGCAGUGAGGAAAACUUCACUUCCAUGCGGCGAAUCCAAGGAGAGGAUCAAGACGACGACGAUGAUCAAACGGUACAUACCAUGGUGACCGGUGUGCUGAAAGACACGGGAGGCAGAGAAUAUGAAGGCUGGAAGCCAAGGUAUCGAAUCCCAGUAGCGAAUGUGACCGUACAGAGGACACAUACUCGAUCAUUGUUUGUGUCCAUUGAUGCCGGUGUCACAUUACAGGCUCGAGAACUUAUUUUCGAUUCCGAGAAAGAUGUGGAUGGCUUUCACGACAAGCUGAGAAAGGAACAAGAAAUGGAGGAAGAUAGAAAGCAAUGGAAGAUUGAAGCAGCGUUGGGGGGAAUCAAAUUACCGAAAUUUGAAACUAUCUCACUUCUGGUAGAGAUCGUGUCGUGCUGGGAUAUUCCUGCUGGUGAUUUUGGAGGCACAUCAGAUCCCUACGUCGUGGUUAUGAUGGGUGAGGAACAAAUUCAUCAGACAGGUGUCAUUUAUAAGACACUCGACCCCAUUUACACUCUCAAGACCAGAUCAUUAUUUAUCUUGACUGUCGACUCCUUUGACCUUUUCAAGGCUGGUGGUUUGAGCUUUCUAGUAGAGGACUAUGACGACUUUUCGAGUAACGAUUUACUUGGGGUUGCAUCUGUUCCAGCGAAGGAUCUUUACAACGGGCAUGGGGAAAGAAUGGAGUAUGAAUUCAAUACAGAGGGAAGCAUCGCAAUUCGAUGCCGAAGAGCAACAGAUCACGACAAGGAAUUUCUGACUAACUACGAACAGUCUCGUCAAACGACAGUAACCAAAGAGCACCCGAAGACUAAUACCAACGAUAUUCUUUCAAUGGUGGCGAAAAAGUCAAAGAAAGUUGAUGGGACAAAAUUGUACAAAGUCCGGCCCAAUCCAGACCCUCUGAAUGACGAAGCAACAGCAUGGAUGAGUGACGCAAUGAUUAGCGAAGCUACCAUGGAACCUUCAAGGCAUUGGGUUGACUCGGGAACAGGUGAUUUAGGAAAAAUUCACUUGGAAGUUCUCGAGUGCGUUGGUUUACCAAAUCUUGAUGUCGGUGGGUUUCUUGGAAACAAAACUGAUGCUUUCGUAGCUGUUGUUUAUGAAGACGCUUAUGUGAUGACUGAUACAAUUGAUGACUGCCUUUCUCCUCGAUGGCUGCCUUGGUCGAAGCGUGCAUUCACAUUGCGCAUGGCCCAUCCCAGUAGUCGAAUCAAUGUUGGUGUGUUUGACUACGAUCCAGGGCUCUCUGAUCACGAUUUGAUUGGUCGCAUAAGCAUUGAUUUGACCAAUCUUCAACAGGACACUGAAUACAUUUUGAGCUACAAUCUUUAUCCAAGUUCGCAAAUUGAAGGACGGAAAAGCGAGGGAGUCAUUCGCUUACGGCUAAGGAAAGAAAUCCCAGAUGAGAGACUGUACGCAGUAACUGGAAUCGAACCGCCACGAGCUUGCCACAUCAAUGUGGAAAGUAUGAAGGAGUUUCGGGUAGUUCGGCAGACAUGCAUUGGAGCAAUAGACUAUGAAAGAUUCAGCUUUCAUAUCUUCAUGUCAUAUCUGAAUGAAUUGCGUGCAUACCAGCAUGUACUGUUUUACUUGGAAGAUGCACUAGCCACCCUCCUGCUAUGGCGCGGUCACUAUCCGAUCAACCUUGGCUUCACAAAAGUCAAAUUGCCACUUCAUUCAAUGGCUGCAUUCGUGGUAGCCGCAUGUCUUGUGGAGCGACCGCAAUUCAUACCUUCCUUUGUUUUUGGCUCAAUUGCCUGGAUUAUGAUGGCUAUCAACGGCUGGCGAAAGAACAGGCCAAAUCUUUGGGACAGAUGCACCAGCUUUAAAACAGUAGCGAUGCAACUGUUGUUUGGCAUUUCACCGGGUGCUUCGGAAAAGAUUGAGCCGUACGAGAAUUGGGUUGCUGCAAAAUCGGAAAUUGACAAGUUUAUGGACCGCAUCAAAGAAGCACAGAGGCUGGCUGAAGUCGCAGAAGCAAAAGCGGCGAUAGAGAACGCCAAGUAUGAACGGGAGGAAAAGGAGAGGUUGGAAGAUAUCAAGGAAAUGGAUGCCACUACGAAAACCAGGGGAAUCCGAACGGCUGUUGAUCCCGUGGCACAGUCGAUGCUUCCAUUCCAGAUUGCGCUUGGAAUGGUAUGUAGAUGUAUUCGCUUUGUGAAGAAUGUUCUCAUUUGGGAGGAAGCAUACUUUUCAUUUUGGAUCGUUUCAGCUUGUAUGUUCACGACGGUGGUGUGCCUUCUUGUCCCAUGGUUCUUCCUCAUCAAAUGGGGGUCGAGAAUAUUUGUCUGGACCUUCUUUGGCCCGUGGAUGAAACUGCUGGAUAUUUACUCGCAGAAAAUCAAAGACAUGAUUGGAGAUGAGGAUGUCUGGGAGCAAAUGCAAGCUGUUCGAUCCAAGGAUGCAAAGAGUGAAAUGAGAGUGCGAAAAGAAAACGCCAAGAAGAUGCAAAUCAUGAAGGAGCAUAUGUUUGGAAAGUUCUCGGUGUCUAUUCCAGUUCUGAAACUUGAUAGAUACGCGGAUAUUCCGCUUCCAGAGUCGUCCGCUAGACCAUACAAAGCGAAGGAGCUUUCACUUGCCGAGCUGGCAAUGGAAGAGGCUGGCUACAAACGCACGCGUAUCCCGGGACAAAACCUGGUUGGAGAAAUGAUUCCACAAAUUGCAUCUGAAGACUUUACUGCAGCACCCACUGGACAAGCCAUUUUGAAUUUGGAUUUGCUGUCGCGAACAAGCGUCGGACAAGGCCUCAAGGCUGCUGGAUCCACCAAAGCAGCAUAUGUCAAGAUUGGUUCCAUUGUUGCUGCAGCUGGCGUCUUAACUGUUUUGGGAGUCCCAUUCCUAAGCAUGUGUACAGAGUGGGUUCUUGAAAGAGUGUUGCAUUAA